GGGUUGUCGAACCCGAAGAAACCGACCAACGGCCGAAAAGCCAGCCCUACAGAACGACGACUCCUCGUCCCAAACGCGACGCAAGGCAUACGCACUGCUUGCAAGGCACAACCAAUGUUCGCCCUCAUCGGGCAUCCAUCGUAUCUCGUACCCUCCGCCCAUUGGCCGCAGCACCAUCUUCGAAAACCUCUACGUUAUGUGGCCUCGUGCUCGCCUUGCCUGUUUGGGGGAUGAUGCUGCGAGGCCUGUUCCCAGCCAGCGACCCUUGCACAACGCUGCAUCCUCAGCCGUCGGCGCCGCGCUGAUUGGACCGUUUCCACGUACCAGCGUGUCCUUAGAUCGCUCUCGCACCGGUACGAAAUACGACGAGGGUUUGCUGCCCCACUCCGGCCGCCAGCGAUGCUUAUUCCCCGGGCGGGUUGGGAUGAUUGCGUCGUUGCGGCUCACCCCCGGGCCCGAGGCGCGGAUGUGCGACAAGGUGUAUAUAAGUCAUCGUGGCGAGUCUCUGCUGGAUCUUGGAUUCUUGGAUAUCCUCUCAUCCUCACUCUGUUGUGCACAAUCCAGUUUCUGUUGCAAAUCUGAAUUAGUGCAAGCCAUCUGCACUAGCAAGUCAAGAGGUUGUCAGCAAUCGGAGGGUUCUGGUCCGGCUCCGUGUCCGACUCCGUUCUCGUGGACAACUUCACCCAUCUUUCUUGUUCGGCCCUCGACGCCACAGCGCAUUUGCAAAGACUCUCGGGUCGAGCAUUAAUGACUCGGAACACGACCGCAACCCCAAACGGAGGAAGUGACAAGAUGCCAGCCAUCGCCACUCCCAAGGUCUUGCCGGCUACGAAACCGGGCCAGUCAUCAAGCACCUCGACCUUUAACGUCAAGU